CAGCCUGCUUCUCACCUCCCUCCCCUGCAAAAACAAAAUACAAAGGCAAGAGGAGGUGGAAGAAAUAUAAAAGAAAAUGGGAUGGCGAUGAGAAUUAACAAGAGAGCGGCGCUGGGGCAGUGAAGGAAUUAGAAUCAGAAAGUUGCCCGAGAGCGGAGGUCUCGCUGUUUAGUGCUGUUGCUUUAGAGAGACGGUGAGCGAUGUCUGCUGGCGGAACCAGUGUUUGCAUUGGGAAAGAGGAGGCGAGCGUGGUGCUGGUGGAUUCUGAGCCCGAAGAUGAGCGCUCCAGCCGAGCUUUGCGAGAAGGGGAGGCGCCAGGCGCCGCCAGCAGCAGACUGGGAGGAUCCCAGAGUGAGCGGCUCCGGGAGAGGCAGGCGGCCGCUUUGUGCACCCCGAGCAGCGGGCCCGCUCUGCAAAGCGAGCCGCCACCGCCGCAGCGCCCCCAGCCCGGGCUAACUUCAGGCGAGAGGCUGCAACAGCGGCUGGAGGACGGCGCUUUCCCCGCCCCCCUGGGAGCUCUCUCCCUGCCCCCCGGCAUCAUCAUCAUGACCGCCCCCCUGCACUCGCCCGCGGCUCUAGUCGACGGUGCGCUGAAGCUCGCCAGUGUGCCCGACUGCACUCUGCUCGUUCCCCCGGGCCCUGGCUCAGCACCAGGGCCGGCCAAGAGGAAAAGGAAAAGGUGCGGGCUCUGUUCACCCUGCAGGAGGCUCAUCAACUGCGGAGAGUGCAGCAGCUGCCGGAACCGCAAGACCGGCCACCAGAUCUGCAAGCUGCGGAAAUGUGAGGAACUGAAGAAAAAACCAGGCUCUUCACCAGAG